GCGUUGUCCCCCUUAGUAAACACUGACAAUCGUGACGUAGAACUCAAGCACAUGUAUUCACUGUUGGAAGUUGGUUGAACAGCUCAAGAAGAAUGCCUCCUACUUCAGCCAAGAAGCCUUUUGCUCAACCAAUACCUGACCCAAUAAUCGAGCCAAUUCAGCCUGCUACAGUGGUAAUUAUUCACCCUGGCUCCUACAACCUGCGACUUGGCCGUGCAUCUGACCCGUACCCAAUCACGGUGCCUCACUGUGUUGCUCGCAGGAAGAAGGUACAGGUUCCCAGAGUUCCAGAGUCCUGGUUGUUGCGCCCAGAAUGUAAUCAUCCAGAAGCUAACCAUCUGAUGAAAACCGGUUUGAAAAAUGCUGAGGAGGCUCUUCUCACCAAACCCAACUCAAUGGGUGGUUACAGACAAACUACUUCAAACAGACAGCAUUUUGCAUAUAACCAGUCAUCAAAUGGAGAAAGAACUGAUGUGAUUUGUCCUUUGAAAUGGACACAGACAGACAAGAAACCUGCCUGUAUCAUUGGAGAAGAGGCUUUGUAUGUGCAUCCAUCAGACAACUACACCCUGCACUGGCCGAUGCGGUGUGGGCGCCUAAACCUCCACGGGGGACCAUGUGGAUCUCUAACAUCAGUCAUGGCUGACCUUGAGGUCAUCUGGAGCAAGGCAUUGGAAACAUAUCUCAACAUACCAAUCAGGGAUCUUAAGCACUACAAGGCCAUCAUGCUGAUCCCCGAUGUGUACACGCACAAGCAUGUCAAGGCCCUCAUGAACCUGCUCCUCGACACCCUCGGCUUCGGUGCAGCCUUCAUUCAUCAGGAGUCUGUGUGUGCGACGUACGGGACGGGGGUGCCGUGUGCUUGUGUUGUUGAUGUUGGGGACCAGAAGACCAGCAUAUCAUGUGUGGAAGAUGGUAUUUCACACAAACCUACCAGACUGACGAUGGAGUAUGGUGGUUCGGAUGUGACUCGGUGUUUCCGCUGGAUGCUGCGCAAGAGUGGUGUGUCGCUGCCGGAGGUGGAUCUGUCCAUGCCCACUGACAUCCUGCUCAUGCAGGAGCUGAAGGAGUCGUUCUGCCACAUGGAUGUUGAUAGAUCCGGAAUUGUCAACCAGUUUCUACAGGUCCGGCAGCCCCAGAAGCCGAUCAUCAAGUACAACCUGCGUCUGGCGGAUGAGCUGAUCCUGUCUCCUCUCGGGAUGCUCUACCCCGACAUGUUCGCUGUGCAGGGCCAGCAGCUGGUCCGGGUCCAGUCCCGGUUUGAUGGCGACGCCGUCGACCCCCAUGAUGAGAGCUACCUCCGACAGACACAGCGGGCCCAAAGAGACCUAGCCAAGAUGGGUUCAAAGAAGGAGAACCAGGAGUCUCGGGACGUGACGGAGAGCAGUCAGCUGGAGGACACUCAGCUCAGUCACUCCCAGAUGGACGACGACUCGAACGAUGCUCCAGAGACGUUGGCGCUGACGGAAACCAAGACUGGACGACGCCAUGAGUUGGAGGAGGAAGAAGAGGAGGACACGGAACCUGUGGCUCAGCUGAUGGGGGUUGACGAGGCUAUACUACACUGUAUAGAGCAGUGCGGAAGUGAGGAUCUAAAGCGCAAGAUGUACAGCUGUAUAGUGGUGGUGGGCGGUGGGUUGGCGCUGUUCGAGGGGGCACAGUCUUGGAUCCAGCACCGGGUGUGGCUGCAGAUGCCCAACCAUCAGCGCCUUAUGAUGGAGAAUAUGGACGUUCUCACACGCCCAAAGGACAACGACCCCCGUGUGGCCUGUUGGAAGGGGGCUGCAGUGAUGGCAUGUCUGGACACGACUCAGGAACUCUGGAUUCGGCCCAAGGAGUGGCAGCAGUACAGCUGCAGGCUGCUUCGGGAACGUGCACCUUUCAUUUGGUGAUCUCAUCUGGCUGCAUUAGUGUUCAAGGAACAUACAACUUUAACAAGUACUGGUCUACUGUACAGAAGGGUCCCUGAUUAAUGGAGAGCCUUGUUGGAGUUCCGUUCUCCUGUAUAUCAUGCUUGUCAUUGGAGCCAAUCACUGGGGAAUGAGUGGUUCCAAUGUGAGACAAUCAAGCGUUAUCAUACCCAGAAAGUAUGUAGCCAUUGUUCACUCCAUCAACAAUUGGUUUGAUUAUUUCCUGGCUUGUGAAGAGCUGUAAUGUUGCCAUGACUUAAUGAGGACUGCCCCUGAUGUGGUGGAUAGAACGUCUGACCAGGAGGUCAGUGGUUUGAGGGGGCACGGGUGGCCCAGUCGUCUAAGGCGC